AUGGCAGAAUUAUUCGAUGCUGGAGGUGUCUUGAGCUCGCCCGGGGGAAGUGCUAAAGUAUUUCUUUAUGAUCAAAUCAAGCUUACAUGGUAUGCGGACAAUAAAUCUAUGAUAUUUAACGGUGUUGAUGGCCAAAUUUUGGAAAGAUUGGUGAUUUCUAUGCUAGAAACUGGCGCGAAGUUGGC